AUGGCCACAUCAUCUACUUUGAUUCUUGAUUCAACAUCUAAUGUUACUGUUAAUAAAAAUAAAAAUAUCUCAACUCAUCAUUUAAAUCGUAGUAUUGAACGUGCACUUGAUGAAGCAAAUCAUACGGGUGAACUUAAUUUAAAUGGUCGUACACUUCGAGAAUUUCCUAAUUAUAAAUGUGAUCUUUCUGAUACAGUCAUUGCCGAUCUUUCUCGUAAUCGUUUUAUUGAAUUUCCACGUAUAUUAUGUUCAUUUUUUUCUCUUGAACGUUUAAAUCUUUAUCAUAAUGUAAUUAAAUCAAUACCAGAACAAAUUGUUCAAAAUCAUAUGUUACAAAUUCUUGAUUUAAGUCGAAAUCAACUUGCUUAUAUUCCACCAGCAUUAUGUAAAUUACCUAAUUUAGAAGUUUUGAUUAUUAAUAAUAAUAAACUUGUUUCAUUACCGGAAGAAAUUGGUCAAUUAGAACGAUUAAUUGAAUUAGAUAUCAGUUCAAAUGAUAUUACACAAUUACCCUAUCAAAUAGGAACAUUAUCAACACUUCGUACAUUAAAUAUUCGUCGAAAUAUGAUUAUUGAAUUACCAACAGAAUUAUGUGUAUUAAAAUUAACUCAUUUUGAUUGUUCAUAUAAUCGAAUUAUUCGUUUACCAUUAAAUUUACGUGAAAUGAAUAGUUUAAUUGAAUUUAAUGUUGAACAUAAUCCAUUAGAAAUUCCACCAGCUUCAAUUUGUACACUUGGUUUACUUCAUAUAAUGCGUUUUCUUCUUAUUGAAGCAAUGAAAGAAGAAAAACGACGUGGAAUUUUAACAGAACAUGAAAUUAAUGAAAAAUAUAAAAAUUCAUUUUCAUAUCAAACAUCUAGAAAUUUACAAUGUGGUACAAGAAUGCGAAAAACAGUAGUACCAUCUGAUUCAGGUUAUUUAACAACUGAAGGAAGUGAAAAAACCAUUGGUGAUGAUGAUUCUAUAUUAAGUAUAUCGAAUGAGCAUCCGCUUCGAAAUGAACCUACCCUUAUGCUUACAUUAGCUGAUGAAUUUUCUAAAGAAUUAGCCAGACAGAAAGCUGAAUAUGAAAGAAAAAAAUAUCAAGCCCAACAAUUAAAACGACAUUUAUUACAACAAUUAGGAGAAACAGAAAGUCAAAGAGCAAAAGCUCGUGAAGUAGCUCGACGAUUACAUGAUGAAAAAUUAGCUAAAAUGGAAAAACAACGUGAAGAUGCUCGACGUAAAAUGGAGAACAGUAAAAACAUGCAAUUAUUUAAUUUUUCAUCAAAAGAUGAUUAUCAAAAACCACGUUCAUGGUUAACAUCAAAUAAAACAACAUUAACUCGUCAAUUAUCGACUGAUGAGUCAACUACACCAAAAAAAAUUCUUAAUGAAACAAUAUUAAUUAAUUCAAUGAAUGAUAAAAACAUUAAUGAUAAUUCAUAUCAACGUUCAAUAUCAAUUGAAAAUGCAACUAUAGAUGAAUAUUUAAAACGAUCAAAUCGUGCAGCUAGUGUUGAACCUAAUUUAAUAUCCGGUGGAAAUGAUAUUAAACAUUUUUAUCAACAAAAAAUUUUACCUAAUGGUUCAACUAUACAAUAUGAUAGUACAAUAAUAACAAAUAGACAAUUCACUUUAAGUUCAGAAACAAUGGAUCAAUCAACUACAUCAUCACAAAGUUUAAUGGCAAGUCCGAACAAUGGUUAUACUCAAACGGAUAUAUCUGAUAAAUCAUUAUCACCACAACAUAAUCGAUUAACUAAAUUACGUUAUUUUGAUGAUCGUCAAAUAAAUUCUACUGUUGGAAAUGUACCUGGUUUUCAUAUGCAACCAAGAAUAACUUCCAUAACAAAUGGACAAUAUCAACAAUCGCCAUUAGAUAAUCCAGGAGUUAAUCCAGCAUUUACUAUACGCCGUCAUUUACUUCAAGCCAAAGAAGAUUAUAUGCUUAUAGAACAAAUGAAAAAGACGAUAGAGGAACGUGUGAAAGUGACGUUACCCGAUGAUAUUACUUAUGCAUUAAGUGAUGGUGUAGUACUAUGUCAUUUUAUCAAUCAAAUUCGACCACGUGCUGUACAAAGUAUUCAUGUGCCUUCACAAGCAGUUCCAAAAUUAUCUUUAGCUAAAUGUCGACGAAAUGUUGAAAAUUUCAUUGAAGCAAGUCGUCGUUUGGGUGUACCAGAGGCUGAUUUAUGUACUCCUCAAGAUAUAAUUGAAGAAAAAAAUACGGUGCGUUUAGCUCGUCAUAUUCAUUUAUUAGUUUCACCAGAAUCUUAUGAACAAACAAAUGUUUAA